AUGGCUGGCCUUUCUGUCAACUCCUUGUCUUCUGUCCUUUCUCAUAUGGUAGCACCACCCAUUCCACACUCAAGCCUUCAGUGCGUCGCCUCUGCUGCUUUACUUGCCUUUUCCACAGAGAAGGGCAAUGAAGUGGUGGCGGUGGUAGAAGCGGCAAUGGCAAAUUUGUGGGCGGCGGAUGUGUGA